CUCAUGAAGAAAUUUCUGCUGGCAGUAUUCCGGUUUCCUGCUCCUGUUAUGUUCCUCCAUGAUCUGUUUGAACCCUAGCCCUCUGGAAACUCAAUUGGCUUAGCUCAGUGAUCUUCGUCACCCAAGCGCGAUGGAGACGAUGAAGAAUCUGAUAAAGCCGAAGCCUACUCCUCAGCAACAGCUCAGGGAUUGGCAGCGCCGCCUCCGCCAAGAAUGCCGAAACGUCGAACGCCAAAUCAGAGAUGUGGAGAGGGAAGAGAGGAACGUGCAGAAAGCGAUUAAGGAUGCAGCGAAGCGGAACGACAUGGCAUCAGCUAAGACACUUGCUAAGGAAAUUGUAAGAUCAAGGAGAGCUGUUAACCGCCUUCAUGAAAACAAGGCACAACUAAAUUCAGUUUCUAUGCACCUUGGUGAAAUUGUUGCUACUGCAAGAACUGUUGGUCAUCUCUCCAAGAGUGCCGAGGUAAUGAAGCUAGUCAGUAGCCUUAUGAAGGCUCCUGAAGUGGCAACAACAAUGCAAGAAUUUAGCAAGGAAAUGACAAAGGCUGGGGUGAUUGAAGAAAUGGUGAAUGAUGCUGUUGAUUCAGCUCUGGAUUCGGAAGACAUAGAAGAAGAAACAGAAGAGGAGAUUGAGAAGGUGCUUUCUGCAAUAGCUGGUGAGACAGCCUCCCAGCUUCCAGAUGCAGUCAGGAAGGUAAGGACAAAGCAACCUGCAUCUAGCCAGAAGGAAGAGCAACAGUCUGAGGCCAUAGCUGAAGGUGUAGAUGAUGAGGGAGAGCUAGAGGAGAUAAGGGCACGACUGGCUAAAGUGAGGUCAUAAAUGGUCUUUGGUAAUAUUUACCAAACAUCUAACCUUAGUUUGUUCCAUGGAUUGAAUGAUUGAUAUACCGAGAAAUGAACAUAUUAUUCAAUAAUGUUUUCUGACACCGUUAUUAUAUUUUAUACCCCUGUAUGCUCUAUAAUUAUCUGUAAUCAAAGUUCAAAUCCUUGUAUUUCAUAUAUAUACUUCAAUUGAGGUACAUAAAUGUUUUGAUCAACAUUGAAACAUUUGUCAAAUAACUACUAAGGUUGAUCAAGUUUUAAGCAAUGUUUGAAUUUGGUAA